CCUGCUCACAGCAUUAGAGAGGCGUGUGUCAGGAGAUCCUAGUAGUAAGCUAAAGGCAUCGGAAAGAGGGAAUCCUCGCACCGCAACACACAGAAAAAAUAAGAAUUAUACAGAACCAGAGCGAAGCAAUGUCUGUCGCAGGACUGAAGAAACAAUUCCACAAAGCUACUCAGAAAGUGAGUGAGAAGGUUGGUGGAUCAGAGGGGACUAAACUUGAUGAUGAUUUCAAAGAAAUGGAAAAGAAAGUGGACAUUACAAGCAGAGCUGUGCUGGAAAUUAUGACCAAGACAACUGAAUAUCUUCAGCCCAACCCAGCCUCUAGAGCCAAGCUGAGCAUGAUCAAUACCAUGUCCAAGAUCCGAGGUCAGGAGAAAGGUCCUGGAUAUCCUCAGGCCGAGGCCUUGCUGGGAGAAUCCAUGCAGAAAUUCGGAAGAGAACUCGGGGAGGAGUCAAGUUUCGGCGUAGCUCUCAUCGAUGCUGGUGAUGCCAUGAGGGAACUUGCUGAAGUGAAAGACGCUCUGGAUAUGGAAGUGAAGCAGAACUUCAUUGACCCCCUGCAGAUCCUUCAUGACAAAGACUUAAAGGAGAUACAGCACCACUUGAAGAAGUUAGAGGGUCGACGUUUAGACUUUGACUACAAGAAGAAGAGGCAAGGCAAGCUUCAAGAGGACGAGAUUAAGCAAGCCCUGGAAAAGUUUGACGAGUCGAAAGAGAUCGCUGAGCAAAGCAUGUUUAAUUUGAUAGAAAGUGAUCAGAUCGAACAGGUCAGCCAGCUGGCGGCCCUGGUGCAGGCGCAGGUGGAGUACCACAGACAGGCCACAGAGAUCCUUCAGCAGCUGUCCAGCAAGAUAGAGGAGAGAAUAAAAGAGGCCUCUGCUAAGCCGAGGAGAGAGUACGUCCCCAAGCCUCGUUUGGUCAUGGAGUUCACACCAAGCGAGGACCAGAAUGGAGCAAUAACUAACAGCGGAACUGCCAAGUCACCAGCCCCAAUGGACCAACCUUGCUGCCGGUCUCUGUAUGACUUUGACCCAGAGAAUGAGGGAGAGCUGGGCUUUAAGGAAGGCGACAUAAUUACCCUGACUAAUCAGAUUGACGACAACUGGUACGAGGGGAUGCUGCACGGCCAGUCGGGAUUCUUCCCCAUCAACUAUGUGGAUAUCUUGGUCCCCCUGCCCCACUAAGCAGUAAAGAGGCUUCUUGAGCACCGACCCUGUUGCAACCAUGCUACAGCUUUGACAAGAUUAUCGGUGAUGACGACACAAACACACAUGUGUGCGUGACAUGUGCAAAAAAAAAAAAAAAAAAAGAAAAAAAAAAGGUGGCUAUGUAAUUUUAUCAUAACAAUUACCAUCAGUGUAAAACCUUUCAAUAUACAUGUGUUACAAUAAGUAUGUAAUAUUAUUGGUUUGUAUUAUAUCUUCUAGUAGGGAUGUGGCAACACUUCUGUUCCCUGCCUCCAUAAUUGGUCACUCAGAUCUUACACAACAUUGUGUUACUUCUUUAAACAGAGAAAGGGUCUGGUUGUUUAGCUGCAGUAAGCCACCAAGUCAGGGUUUGGUAGCACAUCUACCCAUGUAAACCAUUUAAUAAAAGGAAUAAUGCUCCAAUGUGGGGAAUAGUGCUCAAGCAGUAAGAUAAACCAUUGCAGUUACAUUAAGUUCUCAGUUUCAGAAGGCACUAUCGGUUGCCAAGCAGUAUACCAUCUAAAGUAUUAUCUUUUCAAACCGAGGCUUUGAAACUGCAGUUGUUUACAGUUACUUAUUGACCAUUAGAAGUAGGACUGGGCAACCAAAUUCAGAUAUUACCUUUAAUUACAUUAAAGUGUACAAAGCACAUAUGAUCCUGAAUGGCUAUUGCAAUUUCCCUAUUGUAUUUCCAUUAAAGACAAUGUGAAUGCCAAUGUUUGGUCCACUCAAAACCAGAAGUCAUAUUUUGUGUUUCACAUUUACAUUUCAGUUUGUACAUAGUCAUUAUUAUUAGAAUAGUGCAUUGUCAACGAUACAAGGGGCAAAAGGGACCCAUGGAAAACCAGGAUUAUUUGGUUUGUGGAAAUAAGGGUUGGUUUUAAAUUGUUUUAACUGGUGUGUUUUUUUUGUUUGUUUCACUGUUUCUGGGGAAGAGAUUUUGAAGUCUGUCUCAAAAGGACUUUGAACCAUUGUUGCUUAAUUUCAGAGGAGACCUUACUUAGGUCAGUACAAUACCAGUUAUACUUUUAAUAACAGGGAAGCACAAUUCUUACAUAUUAUUGGACCAUACAGUGUUGUGCUCUUGGUGUAACAUUUAGGGAGACUGUAUGUUGUGUAUUUGACAGCACAUUGAUCUGUAGUUUUUUCUUUGUUCUUCCCUUUUCUGGACAUUUCUUGUGAGUAUUUCUGCCCUCAAUGAGGACUGUACAGCUAUUUUUGUGAUCAGAAACACUUGAUUGAAAGUAUGUGACCUGUUAUUUUGUGAAUGCUUUUAUUUUCUCAUGUGUUUGUUUAUUAGUUUUUAUCUUGUCUGUACAAUAAUGUGCCUAGCUUAUCUUAUGUCUGUAAUAGUGGUAAAUGACCUUUGCUUGAUUAUUAGAUAUAAUCUAUAUUAUAUAUAUUUAUCUAAACUGUACAGAAACUUUAAGGGGGAAAAAAAUGAUGUGCUGCACAAAUGUUCUCUGCCUUUUUUUUUUGUCCUGUGUCGGAUUACAAGAAAACAUAAUGCUUGAUGUGGAAAAGGAUCUACAAUGUUGAUGAUUUAAAUAAACACUAAUACACAA